AGCACAGGCCGAAGGCGGGCGGGCAGCAGGAAGACAGGCCGCCGGCCCCCCAGGAAUCGUCUCCUAGGGCACCGUCCCGCGGGUGCCCCCGUGGCCGCCCAGUUCCGGCGUCCCCCCAGCCCAGCUCUCGGUGGUCAUGCAGAAAGCCCGGGGCACGCGAGGGGAGGACGCGGGCACGAGGGCACCCCCCAGUCCCGGGGUGCCCCCGAAGAGGGCCAAGGUGGGGGCCGGCGGCGGGGCUCCCGCGGCCGUGGCCGAGGCGCCGGUCUUCCUGCGGCCCCUGAAGAACUCGGCGGUGUGCGCUGGCAGCGACGUGCGGCUGCGGGUGGUGGUGAGCGGGACGCCCCAACCCAGCCUCCACUGGUUCCGGGAUGGGCAACUCCUGCCUGCACCGGCCCCCGAGCCCAGCUGCCUGUGGCUGCGGCGCUGCGGGGCGCAGGACGCCGGCGUGUACAGCUGCACGGCCCAGAACGAGCGGGGCCGGGCCUCCUGCGAGGCGGUGCUCACAGUGCUGGAGGUCGGAGACUCAGAGACGGCUGAGGAUGACAUCAGCGAUGUGCAGGGGACCCAGCGCCUGGAGCUUCGGGAUGACGGGGCCUUCAGCACCCCCACGGGGGGCUCUGACACCCUGGUGGGCACCUCCCUGGACACACCCCCGACCUCCGUGACAGGCACCUCGGAAGAGCAAGUGAGCUGGUGGGGCAGCGGGCAGACGGUCCUGGAGCAGGAAGCGGGCAGUGGGGGUGGCACCCGCCGCCUCCCGGGCAGCCCAAGGCAAGCACAGGCAACCGGGGCCGGGCCACGGCACCUGGGGGUGGAGCCGCUGGUGCGGGCAUCUCGAGCUAAUCUGGUGGGCGCAAGCUGGGGGUCAGAGGAUAGCCUUUCCGUGGCCAGUGACCUGUACGGCAGCGCAUUCAGCCUGUACAGAGGACGGGCGCUCUCUAUCCACGUCAGCGUCCCUCAGAGCGGGUUGCGCAGGGAGGAGCCCGACCUUCAGCCUCAGCUGGCCAGCGAAGCCCCACGCCGCCCUGCUCAGCCGCCUCCCUCCAAAUCCGCUUUGCUCCCCCCACCGUCCCCUCGGGUCGGGAAGCGGUCCCCGCCGGGACCCCAGGCCCAGCCCGCGGCCACCCCCACGUCGCCCCACCACCGCACUCAGGAGCCUGUGCUGCCCGAGGACACCACCGCCGAAGAGAAGCGAGGGAAGAAGUCCAAGUCUUCCGGGCCCUCCCUGGCGGGCACUGCGGAAUCUCGACCCCAGACGCCACUGAGCGAGGCCUCGGGCCGCCUGUCGGCGUUGGGCCGCUCGCCUAGGCUGGUACGCGCCGGCUCCCGCAUCCUGGACAAGCUGCAGUUCUUCGAGGAGCGACGGCGCAGCCUGGAGCGCAGCGACUCGCCACCGGCGCCCCUGCGGCCCUGGGUGCCCCUGCGCAAGGCCCGCUCUCUGGAGCAGCCCAAGUCGGAGCGCGGAGCGCCGUGGGGCACCCCCGGGGCCUCGCAGGAAGAACUGCGGGCGCCGGGCAGCGUGGCCGAGCGGCGCCGCCUGUUCCAGCAGAAAGCGGCCUCGCUGGACGAGCGCACGCGGCAGCGCAGCCCGGCCUCCGACCUCGAGCUGCGCUUCGCCCAGGAGCUGGGCCGCAUCCGCCGCUCCACGUCGCGGGAGGAGCUGGUGCGCUCCCACGAGUCCCUGCGCGCCACGCUGCAGCGCGCCCCAUCCCCUCGAGAGCCCGGCGAGCCCCCGCUCUUCUCUCGACCCUCCACCCCCAAGACAUCGCGGGCCGUGAGCCCCGCCGCCGCCCAGCCGCCCCCUCCGAGCAGCGCGGGGAAGCCGGGGGACGAGCCUGGGAGGCCCAGGAGCCGCGGGCCGGCAGGCAGGACAGAGCCGGGGGAAGGCCCGCAGCAGGAGGUUAGGCGUCGGGACCAAUUCCCGCUGACCCGGAGCAGAGCCAUCCAGGAGUGCAGGAGCCCUGUGUCGCCCCCCGCUGCCGAUCCUCCCGAGGCCAGGACGAAAGCACCCCCUGGUCGGAAGCGGGAGACCCCGGCGCAGGCCGUGCGCUUCCUGCCCUGGGCCACGCCGGGCCUGGAGGGCGCUGCUGUACCCCAGACCUUGGAGAAGAACAGGGCGGGGCCCGAGGCAGAGAAGAGGCUGCGCAGAGGGCCGGAGGAGGACGGUCCCUGGGGGCCCUGGGACCGCCGAGGGGCCCGCAGCCAGGGCAAAGGUCGCCGGGCCCGGCCUACCUCCCCUGAGCUCGAGUCUUCGGAUGACUCCUACGUGUCCGCUGGAGAAGAGCCCCUAGAGGCCCCCAUGUUUGAGAUCCCCUUGCAGAAUGUGGUGGUGGCACCAGGGGCAGAUGUGCUGCUCAAGUGUAUCGUCACUGCCAACCCCCUGCCCCAAGUGUCCUGGCACAAGGAUGGGUCAGCGCUGCGCAGCGAGGGCCGCCUCCUCCUCCGGGCUGAGGGUGAGCGGCACACCCUGCUGCUCAGGGAGGCCAGGGCAGCGGACGCCGGAAGCUAUAUGGCCACUGCCACCAACGAGCUGGGCCAGGCCACCUGUGCCGCCUCACUGACCGUGAGACCCGGUGGAUCUACAUCCCCUUUCAGCAGCCCCAUCACCUCUGACGAGGAGUACCUGAGCCCUCCAGAGGAGUUUCCAGAGCCUGGGGAGACCUGGCCUCGAACCCCCACCAUGAAGCCCAGUCCCAGCCAGAACCGCCGUUCUUCUGACACUGGCUCUAAGGCACCCCCCACCUUCAAGGUCUCACUUAUGGACCAGUCAGUAAGAGAAGGCCAAGAUGUCAUCAUGAGCAUCCGUGUGCAGGGGGAACCCAAGCCUGUGGUCUCCUGGCUAAGAAACCGCCAGCCCGUGCGCCCAGACCAGCGGCGCUUUGCGGAGGAGGCUGAGGGUGGGCUGUGCCGGCUGCGGAUCCUGGCUGCAGAGCGUGGCGAUGCUGGCUUCUACACUUGCAAAGCGGUCAAUGAGUAUGGCGCUCGGCAAUGCGAGGCCCGCUUGGAGGUCCGAGCACACCCUGAAAGCCGGUCCCUGGCCGUGCUGGCCCCCCUGCAGGACGUGGACGUGGGGGCCGGGGAGAUGGCGCUGUUUGAGUGCCUGGUGGCGGGGCCCACUGAUGUGGAGGUGGAUUGGCUGUGCCGUGGCCGCCUGCUGCAGCCUGCACUGCUCAAAUGCAAGAUGCAUUUUGAUGGCCGCAAAUGCAAGCUGCUGCUUACAUCUGUACAUGAGGACGACAGUGGCGUCUACACCUGCAAGCUCAGCACAGCCAAAGAUGAGCUGACCUGCAGUGCCCGGCUGACCGUGCGGCCCUCAUUGGCACCCCUGUUCACACGGCUGCUGGAAGAUGUGGAGGUGUUGGAGGGCCGAGCUGCCCGCUUCGACUGCAAGAUCAGCGGCACCCCACCCCCUGUUGUUACCUGGACUCAUUUUGGCCGCCCCAUGGAGGAGAGUGAGAACUUGCGGCUACGGCAGGACGGGGGUCUACACUCACUGUACAUUGCCCAUGUGGGCAGCGAGGACGAGGGGCUCUAUGCGGUCAGUGCUGUUAACACCUAUGGCCAGGCCCACUGCUCAGCCCAGCUGUAUGUAGAAGAGCCCCGGACAGCCGCCUCAGGCCCCAGCUCGAAGCUGGAGAAGAUGCCAUCCAUUCCCGAGGAGCCAGAGCAGGGUGAGCUGGAGCGGCUGUCCAUUCCCGACUUCCUGCGGCCACUGCAGGACCUGGAGGUGGGACUGGCCAAGGAGGCCAUGCUAGAGUGCCAGGUGACCGGCCUGCCCUACCCCACCAUCAGCUGGUUCCACAAUGGCCACCGCAUCCAGAGCAGUGACGACCGGCGCAUGACACAGUACAGGGAUGUCCAUCGCUUGGUGUUCCCUGCCGUGGGGCCUCAGCACGCCGGUGUCUACAAGAGCGUCAUCGCCAACAAGCUGGGCAAAGCUGCCUGCUAUGCCCACCUGUAUGUCACAGAUGUGGUCCCAGGCCCUCCAGAUGGUGCCCCGCAGGUGGUGGCUGUGACGGGGAGAAUGGUCACACUCACAUGGAACCCCCCCAGGAGUCUGGACAUGGCCAUCGACCCGGACUCCCUAACGUACACAGUGCAGCACCAGGUGCUAGGCUCGGACCAGUGGACGGCACUGGUCACAGGCCUGCGGGAGCCAGGGUGGGCAGCCACGGGGCUGCGUAAGGGGGUCCAGCACAUCUUCCGGGUCCUCAGCACCACUAUCAAGAGCAGCAGCAAGCCCUCGCCCCCUUCUGAGCCUGUGCAACUGCUGGAGCACGGCCCACCCCUGGAGGAGGCCCCUGCUGUGCUGGACAAACCGGACAUCGUGUAUGUGGUGGAGGGACAGCCCGCCAGUGUCACCGUCACAUUCAACCAUGUGGAAGCCCAGGUCGUCUGGAGGAGCUGCCGAGGGGCCCUCCUAGAAGCACGGGCAGGUGUGUACGAGCUGAGCCAGCCAGAUGAUGACCAGUACUGUCUUCGGAUCUGCCGGGUGAGCCGCCGGGACAUGGGGGCCGUCACCUGCACUGCCCGAAACCGUCACGGCACGCAGACCUGCUCAGUCACAUUGGAGCUGGCAGAGGCCCCUCGGUUUGAGUCCAUCAUGGAGGACGUGGAGGUGGGGGCUGGGGAAACUGCUCGCUUUGCCGUGGUGGUUGAGGGAAAACCACUGCCGGACAUCAUGUGGUACAAGGACGAGGUGCUGCUGAUCGAGAGCAGCCAUGUGAGCUUCGUGUAUGAGGAGAAUGAGUGCUCCCUGGUGGUGCUCAGCACGGGGGCCCAGGAUGGAGGCGUCUACACCUGCACCGCCCGGAACCUGGCGGGCGAGGUCUCCUGCAAAGCAGAGUUGGCUGUGCAUUCAGCUCAGACAGCUAUGGAGGUCGAGGGGGUCGGGGAGGAUGAGGACCAUCGAGGAAGGAGACUCAGCGACUUUUAUGACAUCCACCAGGAGAUCGGCAGGGGUGCCUUCUCCUACCUGCGGCGUGUAGUGGAGCGUAGCUCCGGCCUGGAGUUUGCGGCCAAGUUCAUCCCCAGCCAGGCCAAGCCAAAGGCAUCAGCACGUCGGGAGGCCCGGCUGCUGGCCAGGCUCCAGCACGACUGUGUCCUCUACUUCCAUGAGGCCUUCGAGAGGCGCCGAGGACUGGUCAUUGUCACGGAGCUCUGCACAGAGGAGCUGCUGGAGCGAAUGGCCAGGAAACCCACCGUGUGUGAGUCUGAGAUUCGGGCCUAUAUGCGGCAGGUGCUAGAGGGAAUACACUACCUGCACCAGAGCCACGUGCUGCACCUCGACGUCAAGCCUGAGAACCUGCUGGUGUGGGAUGGUGCCGCGGGUGAAGAGCAGGUGCGGAUCUGUGACUUUGGGAAUGCCCAGGAGCUGACUCCAGGAGAGCCCCAGUACUGCCAGUAUGGCACACCUGAGUUUGUAGCACCCGAGAUUGUCAAUCAGAGCCCCGUGUCUGGAGUCACUGACAUCUGGCCUGUGGGCGUCGUUGCCUUCCUCUGUCUGACAGGAAUCUCCCCAUUUGUUGGGGAAAAUGACCGGACAACAUUGAUGAACAUCCGAAACUACAACGUGGCCUUCGAGGAGACCACAUUCCUGAGCCUGAGCAGGGAGGCCCGGGGCUUCCUCAUCAAAGUGCUGGUGCAGGACCAGCUGAGACCUACCGCAGAGGAGACCCUAGAACAUCCUUGGUUCAAAACUCAGGCAAAGGGCGCAGAGAUGAGCACGGAUCACCUGAAGCUAUUCCUCUCCCGGAGGAGGUGGCAGCGCUCCCAGAUCAGCUACAAAUGCCACCUGGUGUUGCGCCCCAUCCCGGAGCUGCUGCGGGCCCCCACAGAGCGGGUGUGGGUGACCAUGCCCAGAAGGCCACCCCCCAGUGGGGGGCUCUCAUCCUCCUCCGAUUCUGAAGAGGAAGAGCUGGAAGAGCUGCCCUCAGUGCCCCGCCCACUGCAGCCCGAGUUCUCAGGCUCCCGGGUGUCCCUCACCGAUAUUCCCACUGAGGAUGAGGCCCUGGGGACCCCAGAGACUGGGGCUGCCACCCCCAUGGACUGGCAGGAGCAGGGAAGGGCUCCCUCUCAGGACCAGGAGGCUCCCAGCCCCGAGGCCCUCCCCUCCCUAGGCCAGGAGCCUGCAGCUGGGGCUAGCCCCAGGCGGGGAGAACUCCGUAGGGGCAGCUCCGCCGAGAGCGCCCUGCCCCGGGCCGGGCCGCGGGAGCCGGGCCGGGGCCUGCAGAAGGCGGCGUCUGUGGAACUGCCGCAGCGCCGGAGCCCCAGCCCGGGAGCCACCCGCCUGGCCCGGGGAGGCCUGGGUGAGGGCGAGUAUGCCCAGAGGCUGCAGGCCCUGCGCCAGCGGCUGCUGCGGGGAGGCCCCGAGGAUGGCAAGGUCAGCGGCCUCAGGGGUCCCCUGCUGGAGAGCCUGGGGGGCCGUGCCCGGGAUCCCCGGAUGGCACGAGCUGCCUCCAGCGAGGCAGCGCCCCACCACCAGCCCCCACUCGAGAACAGGGGCCUGCAGAAGAGCAGCAGCUUCUCCCAGGGUGAGGCAGAGCCCCGGGGCCGGCACCGCCGAGCGGGGGCGCCCCUCGAGAUCCCCGUGGCCAGGCUUGGGGCCCGUAGGCUACAGGAGUCUCCUUCCCUGUCUGCCCUCAGUGAGGCCCAGCCAUCCAGCCCUGCACGGCCCAGCGUCCCCAAACCCAGUGCCCCUAAGUCUGCAGAACCUUCUGCCACCACACCUAGUGAUGCUCCGCAUCCCCCCGCACCCCAGCCUGCCCAAGACAAGGCCCCAGAGCCCAGGCCAGAACCAGCGCGAGCCUCCAAGCCUGCACCACGCCCUGAGGCUCUGCAAACCCUAGCGCUGCCCCUCACGCCCUAUGCCCAGAUCAUUCAGUCCCUCCAGCUGUCAGGCUACGCCCAGGGCCCUCCGCAGGGCCCUGCCGCGUCGCCUUCACAGCUCAAGCCCCACGCGGCUGUCUUUGCCAGGGUGGCCUCCCCACCUCCGGGAGCCCUUGAGAAGCGCGUGCCCUCAGCCGGGACUCCCCCGGUGCUAGCCGAGAAAGCCCGAGUUCCCACGGUCCCCCCCAGGCCAGGCAGCAGUCUUAGCAGCAGCAUCGAAAACCUGGAGUCGGAGGCCGUGUUCGAGGCUAAGUUCAAGCGCAGCCGCGAGUCGCCCCUGUCGCGGGGGCUGCGGCUGCUGAGCCGCUCCCGCUCGGAGGAGCGCGGCCCCUUCCGCGGGGCCGAGGAGGAGGAUGGCAUAUACCGUCCCAGUCCAGCGGGGACCCCGCUGGAGUUGGUGCGACGUCCUGAGCGCUCGCGCUCGGUGCAGGACCUCAGGGCAGUCGGGGAGCCGGGCCUCGUCCGCCGCCUCUCGCUCUCACUGUCCCAGCGGCUGCGGCGGACCCCUCCCGCGCAGCGCCACCCGGCCUGGGAGGCCCGCGGCGGGGACGGAGAGAGCUCGGAGGGCGGGAGCUCGGCGCGGGGCUCCCCGGUGCUGGCGAUGCGCAGGCGGCUGAGCUCCACCCUGGAGCGGCUGUCGAGCCGGUUGCAGCGCAGCGGCAGCGGCGAGGACUCGGGGGGCGCGUCGGGCCGCAGCACACCGCUAUUCGGGCGGCUUCGCAGGGCCACGUCCGAGGGCGAGAGUCUGCGGCGCCUCGGCCUUCCGCACAAUCAGUUGGCCGCCCAGGCCGGAGCCACCACGCCUUCCGCGGAGUCCCUGGGCUCCGAGGCCAGCGCCACGUCGGGCUCCUCAGCUCCAGGGGAAAGCCGAAGCCGGCUCCGCUGGGGCUUCUCUCGGCAGCGGAAGGACAAGGGGUUAUCGCAACCAAACCUCUCUGCCAGCGUCCAAGAGGAGUUGGGUCACCAGUACGUGCGCAGUGAGUCAGACUUCCCCCCAGUCUUCCACAUCAAACUCAAGGACCAGGUGCUGCUGGAGGGGGAGGCAGCCACCCUGCUUUGCCUGCCAGCAGCCUGCCCUGCACCGCACAUCUCCUGGAUGAAAGACAAGAAGUCAUUGAGGUCAGAGCCCUCAGUGAUCAUCGUGUCCUGCAAAGAUGGGCGGCAGCUGCUCAGCAUCCCCCGGGUGGGCAAGCGGCACGCCGGGCUCUAUGAGUGCUCUGCCACCAACGUCCUGGGCAGCAUCACCAGCUCCUGUACCGUGGCUGUGGCCCGAGUCCCAGGAAAGCUAGCUCCUCCAGAGGUGCCCCAGACCUACCAGGACACGGCGCUGGUGCUGUGGAAGCCGGGAGACAGCCGGGCACCUUGCACGUAUACCCUGGAGCGGCUAGUGGAUGGGGAGUCUGUGUGGCACCCUGUGAGCUCAGGCAUCCCCGACUGUUACUACAACGUGAGCCACCUGCCAGUUGGCAUGACUGUGAGGUUCCGUGUGGCCUGUGCCAACCGUGCUGGGCAGGGGCCCUUCAGCAACCCUUCUGAGAAGGUCUUUGUCAGGGGCGCUCAAGAUUCUUCAGCUGUGCCAUCUGCUGCCCACCAAGAGGCCCCUGUCACCUCAGGGCCAGCCAGGGCCCUGCCUCCUGACUCUCCUACCUCACUGCCCCUACCCCCAGCUCCUGCUGCCCCCACCCCCCCAUCAGUCACUGUCAGCCCCUCAUCUCCCCCCACAGCCCCUAGCCAGGCCUUGUCCUCGCUCAAGGCUGUGGGUCCGCCACCCCAGACCCCUCCACGAAGACACAGGGGCCUGCAGGCUGCCCGGCAAGCAGAGCCCACCCCACUCAGUACCCAGGUCACCCCAAGUGAGCCCAAGUCUUUCGUCCUUGACACUGGGACCCCGACCCCAGCCUCUACUCCUCAAGGGGUUAAACCAGCGUCUUCCUCUACUCCUGUGUAUGUGGUGACUUCCUUCGUGUCUGCACCACCAGCCCCUGAGCCCCCAGCCCCUGAGCCCCCUCCUGAGCCUACCAAGGUGACUGUGCAGAGUCUCAGCCCAGCCAAGGAGGUGGUCAGCUCCCCUGGGAGCAGUCCCCGAAGCUCUCCUAGGCCUGAGGGUACCACUCUUCGACAGGGCCCCCCUCAGAAACCCUACACUUUCCUGGAGGAGAAAGCCAGGGGCCGCUUUGGUGUUGUGCGAGCGUGCCGGGAGAACGCCACGGGGCGAACGUUCGUGGCCAAGAUCGUGCCCUAUGCUGCCGAGGGCAAGCGGCGGGUCCUGCAGGAGUACGAGGUGCUGCGGACCCUGCACCACGAGCGGAUCAUGUCCCUGCAUGAGGCCUACAUCACCCCUCGGUACCUCGUGCUCAUUGCUGAGAGCUGCGGCAACCGAGAGCUCCUCUGUGGGCUCAGUGACAGGUUCCGGUAUUCCGAGGACGACGUGGCCACUUAUGUGGUGCAGCUGCUACAAGGCCUGGACUACCUCCACAGCCGCCAUGUGCUCCACCUAGAUAUCAAGCCAGACAACCUGCUGUUGGCCCCUGACAACGCCCUCAAGAUCGUGGACUUUGGCAGUGCCCAGCCCUACAACCCCCAGGCCCUUCAGCCCCUUGGCCACCGCACGGGCACGCUGGAGUUCAUGGCUCCGGAGAUGGUGAAGGGAGGACCCAUCGGCUCUGCCACGGACAUCUGGGGAGCGGGUGUGCUCACUUACAUUAUGCUCAGUGGACGCUCCCCGUUCUAUGAGCCAGACCCCCAGGAAACGGAGGCUCGGAUUGUGGGGGGCCGCUUUGAUGCCUUCCAGCUAUACCCCAACACAUCCCAGAGCGCCACCCUCUUCUUGCGAAAGGUCCUCUCAGUACAUCCCUGGAGCCGGCCCUCCCUGCAGGACUGCCUGGCCCACCCAUGGUUGCAGGACGCCUACCUGAUGAAACUGCGCCGCCAGACCCUCACCUUCACCACCAACCGGCUCAAGGAGUUCUUGGGCGAGCAGAGGCGGCGCCGGGCUGAGGCCGCCACCCGCCACAAGGUGCUGCUGCGCUCCUACCCUGGCGGCCCCUAGAGGCACGGACCACAGCCAGGCCUCGGGCUUCAACUGGGGUUCCCACCAAUGCCACGGGACAUUCCAGGGCCCACGCUGAGCCAGGCGGGCCUGGGGCUUCGGUUACCACCAGCAGCAGCAUCUGGCCGGGCUCUUACCUCAUAGACCUGCAAGGACAGAGACCCCAGGGCCUCGACCUGAUGCCACCCCAGGCCAAAGCCAGAGUGGGAGACCUGUUGGCCAGGCUGGGCAGGGUGGGAACAGGCAGAGGGACAAGAGGGGAAUGGGAAAGUGGAGAGGAAAAGAAGUCGAGGGACAGGAAGGAGGAGGCUCUAGGAAGGUUCUGGGUUGGGGGUCAGUGCAUCUCAGGGAGAACCAAGGAAGAUGGGCAUGGCUGGAGAGGAGGAAGAGGAAGGAACCCAGGGUGUCAGGGCAGUAGGCUGGGAGUCAGUGUGGCAAAGCAGGGGCAGGACACAGAUACAGUGGCAAGGGCCCAGGGCUGGGACAUGAGAGAAGGCAGCGAGGCGGUGGAGGGAGAAGAGAGGACUCAGGUGGAGGUGGGGUGGGCCAGCUGUCAGCAUCCCUUAGAGGAGAAACAUGGAGAGCUGGAGGCCAGCAGUCACUCAGCUCGCUCUGUCCUCCUGUCCAGUGGAUGCAGCCCCGGGCACCCUCUGCUGGCCCAAGGAUGUCCCCACCACCCCUCCAUGGCCUUUGGCCUUCUUCCCAUUCAUAUUUAUUUAUUUAUUGACUUUUAUGAAGUUUCCCCUUUCAUCCGAUCCCUACUGCCCAUGUUGUCCUGACCAUCCCUCCCAGCCAUCCAGCUGUCUGUCUGUCUGUCACAAGGAAAUAAAAAUGGCAAGCAGCAUAA